CCGCACACCGGAAGUAGAUUCAUGCCGAAGAGACGCUUGAGAAAAUGUACUCCUGAAUAGCUGUCAAGAAUAACACUUAUAAACAUCUACAAGGCAGAUAAGGGAACUGUUACUAGAUAAGGCUUCGACGAGUUCAUUAAGUUGGAUCUGACAUCUGGGUCGCAGUGAUGGAGGGUCAGGAUAAUGCAGAUCAGGGCAGCAGUGAUCAGUCUGAAACACAACGCCGGAGACAGCUGGACCGGCUGGACAGAGAAGAGGCCUUCUACCAGUUUGUCAACAAUCUCAGCGAGGAAGACUAUAGGCUCAUGAGAGACAACAAUCUGCUUGGCACGCCUGGUGAAAUUACAGCAGAUGAACUGUUGAGCCGCCUUCGGCAGGUCAAGGAUGGCCCUGAGUCUCCCAGCAAUGGCACUACUGAGGAAAGAAGGGAGGGGCCUGGUGCAACAGAGGUGGAGGGCACUGAAGAAAAUCCCAGCGGUGAGACCCUUCUUGACUGGCUCAACACAGUACGACAGACGGGGAAUACAACAAGGAGCGGUUACCGGGGUAACCAGUCAUGGCGGGCUGUGAGCCAAACCAAUCCCAACAGUGGUGAUUUCCGUUUCAGCUUGGAGAUCAAUGUCAAUCGCAACAUAGCUGAACAGCAAACGCAGACAGAAAGGCUGGAAGGGGGCCAGGAAAGAGCAGAUGGCCCUGUGUCUGAGCCGGAGAGUCUUAUGGAGACUGCAGAGGUGGUUGAGGAACCAGUGGUUGAUGAGCUGGCUGUUAUAGUAGAGCCAGAGCUGGCAGUUCCCAGCACCCUGUCUCUAAAUGGGGACGUUAAUGCUCCAGAUCCCCCAACCAUAGCUCCCCCAAACUUAGCUUCCCCAACCAUAGCUCCCCCAAACUUAGCUUCCCCAACCGUAGCUCCCCCAACCGUAGCUCCCCCAACCGUAGCUCCCCCAACCGUAGCUCCCCCAACCAUAGUUCCCCCAACCAUAGUUCCCCCAACCAUAGUUCCCCCAACCAUAGUUCCCCCAACCAUAGUUCCCCUAACCAUAGUUCCCCCAAACAUAGUUCCCCCAACCAUAACUCCUCCAACCAUAACUCCUCCAACCAUAACUCCUCCAACCAUAGCUCCUCCAACCAUAGCUCCCCCAACCAUAGCUCCCCCAACCUUAGAUCCCCCAACCUUGGCUCCCCCAACCUUGGCUCCCCCAACCUUGGCUCCCUCAACCUUGGCUCCCUCAAUCUUGGCUCCCUCAACCGUGGCUCCUCCAACCGUGGCUCCUCCAACCGUGGCUCCUCCAACUUUGGCUCCCCCAACCUUGGCUCCCCCAACUUUGGCUCCCCCAACUUUAGCUCCUCCAACCUUGGCUCCUCCCACCUUGGCUGCUCCAACCUUGGCUGCUCCAACCUUGGCUCCUCCAACCUUGCCUACAGUGGAGCAACCACGUAGGGGUCAAAUAAGGGCUCGCAGUAGAAGCCCGGAGCAGCGACGGACAAGGGCUCGUACUGCAAGAGGACGUUCACCACUCAACCUUGAAAGAUUGGAUGGACUUCCGCCUACUCAGCAUGGCAUACCUUCUCGCCAUCCUGAGAUCCUGCCUGAGCCCCAGGUAGAGGGAAGCUCAAGGACUCGGCAAUUGUUUUUGUCUAGGCAGAGCACCGUGGAUAUGGAAACUCAAGAGUUGGGAGCAGCACCUGAGUUACCUGGAACACCACAGGAAAGAGAGACAAAUGCUGGGGAAGCAGGAGCUUCAGGUCGUCGUCCUCCAACCAUAAUGCUGGAUUUGCAGGUACGUAGGGUGCGUCCCGGAGAGUACCGCCAGAGAGACAGCAUUGCUAACCGUACAAGGUCUCGUUCUCAGACCUCCAAUAACACUUUAUUAUAUGAGACUGAGCGCGGGGGUUUCCGUCGGACUUUCUCCCGCUCUGAGCGGGCUGGAGUGAGAACAUACGUCAGCACUAUCCGCAUUCCCAUUCGGAGGAUCUCAGAUGCUGGACUUGGUGAAGCCACUUCUUUGGCUCUGCAGUCUAUGAUUCGUCAAAUCAUGACUGGCUUCGGUGAACUUAGCUACUUUAUGGACUCGGACUAUCCAGACUCAAACCGUGAAGACAGCCCACCAGCAGACCUUACAGAUGCACUGGGUAACCCUGAUGCUUCUCCUGAAACUGCUGCAAGUGAAGCGGAUUCCCAUCUUCCUGGGCAUGGAGUCUCGAACCAGGGUGGUUUAGAGGCACGGACAGAGGAAAGGGAAGUCGAAGGUGGACUUCCCGGUGCUGCUGGUCCUCGGGAGAACCGAGGCAGACAACGGGCUCCCAUCAGCCUGGAUGAAACUGGAUCUCUGCCCUUUCUGCGGCUUGCACACUUCUUCUUGCUCAACGAGGAAGAUGAUGACCAGCCCAGAGGUCUCACCAAAGAGCAGAUUGACAACCUAUCCAUGCGAAACUUUGGUGAAAGCGAUGCACUCAAAACCUGCAGUGUCUGCAUUACAGAGUAUGCUGAAGGCAACAAAUUGCGAAAGCUGCCCUGCUCUCACGAGUACCAUGUGCACUGUAUCGACCGCUGGCUUUCAGAGAACUCAACCUGCCCUAUUUGCCGCAGAGCGGUUCUUGUUUCCACCAACCGCGAGAGUGUUGUCUAGCCCCAAUUGGUUUUGUGGCACUCUCGACAGGUUUAAUGUCUCUUUUCCUCUCUUCCUUUUACAUUUAUUACUUGGUCAUAUGAGGACUCUUACUGAGAUUUUUCCAUACAUCCUAUAUGAAGUCAUUAAGUUUUAUCAGAUUUGCUGGUGCCAAGAUUUUCCCCCACGAACUAUACAUCAGUGUAUUUUGACCCAUCUUACAAUAAAUAUUGGUGCAAGGCACAACCGAGCAAGACCGUGCUGCAAUCCCUUAUCUUUUACAUAAAUUGAAGAGCAACAUUUGACGAAAUCAUAGGAUGAGGGGCAAUGUAGAAAUACCUUUGAGUGGUACAUAUACUUUUGUACUAAAAAGAGAGAUUUGAGUUGUACUUUUAAGCAAGUAUUAUCAGAUCAUUACAAAGAUUGUGUUUUAAUAAAAGUUAAUGAUUUGAUAAUAUUGUAAAAUUGCAUCAAGGAUCAAGAAUGGUGCAAUCUGCUCAGCAUCCACAAAUACAUUUCAAUUGGAAAAAAUACAUUGAAACUGUCACACUGUGCUGCAUCUGAUCUUAUUUUGGUUUCACAUUGUUGGUUGCGUGUUGGUAUGAAAGCAUAGUAUGUGUUGUACCAAUUGCACCAUUAUCAUAAAUUAUUAAAUGCAGAUAAAUAGUAGGACAUUCAUGGAGUAGUUCUUAAUGAAUUUGUCAUCCUUUAUAGAAUAGAUUUUGAUUUGGCAUUUGAAAGUGUUCCGCAAUACUGGUUUUGAAAACCAUAUGGUCAGACACUUUUUUUUUUUUUAACAAACAAAAAAGGCUGUAAAUAUGCUAUGUUGCCGCAUCAGGUUGUAAUUCCGCCUGUCUUCCCAAAUGACAAUAAUGCAUCAGUUAGCUGACUCAAACAUGUUUCAUAUAUCUUAAGAAAUAAACUUGGCUGCAUAUAGGCAAUGUUGUGCAAUGCUAAUAAGGAAAAUGUAAAGGAAGUUUUGACAAAUUGACUUGUAUGUUGUAGUCUGUAAAUAUUAACAUUUAAAAUGAAGACUUAAAUGGAAGUUUUUCUAACAGUUCUGUACAUUGAGAAUAGCACCAUUUAUCUUACUCUGAGGAGGAAAUUAUUUUUCUCAUUAUGUAAUGGUUGGUUCAUAUGGGAGCUAAGGUUCUUUAUUCCCGUGCAAGUAAAAAAUGCAGUGUUAUUUAGAAACAGUAGAUGAAUUCUGUUUCCUUUGUUUCUCUGUUUUGACUUGGAAGAAUAACCCCAAGCAAAAUGUUCUCAACCAUGAGUUACAUCAACAUUUCAUGUAUCGUAAGCAAGCCAACCAUUGUUAAAAUGCAUUCAGUUCCGAGGUCAUGUAUUAUAAGAGCGAGCUACUCAAUAGAAUUUCUUAAUUUUGUCAGCAUAUUUAUAGGUUAUAUUUUGAGUCAAUAUUUUGACUAGCUUCCAGUUUGCUGUGUUUGAAAUGAAUAAAAUGAUUUCCUCACCUGA